AGAAUUUCCAAAUCUCCAUCCUCCACAUACCACUUCAGCUCUCUCAGCUGAAAAUCCUAACCACAUUCCUCUCUUCGGCGAAACCAAACCCAGACCAUGUCGCCGUCGGAACAAACCAUCCGGUUCGGAAUCAUGGGCUGCGCCGACAUAGCCCGGAAGGUCUCCCGGGCAAUCAAUUUAGCUCCAAACGCGCGAAUCGCCGCCGUCGCGAGCCGGAGCCUGGAGAAAGCCGCCGCAUUCGCCAGGGCCAACAAUUUGCCCGCCGACGCCAAAAUCUACGGCUCCUACGAGUCCCUCCUCGACGACCCAGACAUCGACGUCAUCUAUCUCCCGUUACCCACCACCCUCCACCUCAAAUGGGCCACCCUGGCGGCCCAGAAGAAGAAGCAUGUUCUGUUGGAGAAGCCCGUCGCCGUGACGGUGGCGGAACUGGACCAGAUUUUGGGGGCCUGCGAGGCCAACGGCGUCCAGUUCAUGGACGGGACUAUGUGGGUCCACCAUCCCCGGACGGCCAAGAUGCGGGAGUUUCUGGACGAUAAACACCGAUUCGGGGAGCUCAGAACGGACAACAUCCGAGUCAAACCGGACCUCGACUCCCUCGGCGCGCUGGGCGACGCCGGCUGGUACGGUGUCAGAGCAAUCCUCUGGGCGGCAGGCUACCACCUCCCCAAAACCGCCGUCGCCACACGAGCCCCUGUCCUGAGCGAACAGGGCGUGAUCCUGGCGUGCGGAGCCUCACUCCACUGGGAAGACGGCAAAUCAGCCACCUUCCACUGCUCCUUCCUCACCCACAUGACCAUGUUCCUAACUGCAAUCGGGACACAGGGGACCCUGCAGCUCAACGACUUCAUCAUCCCGUUCGAAGAGCACGAGGCGAGGUUCAGCACGGCUUCGCAGGCCAGGUUCAACGAUCAGGUCACGGGGUGGGAACCCGGGCCGGUGACGGAGGUUGUGGGGAUCGAUGGCGUGCCGCAGGAGGUUUGUAUGAUUGGGGAGAUGGCGAGGUUGGUUGGGGAGAUUAAGGCGAGUGGGGCGGGGAAAGUGGAGAUGGAGUGGGGGAUGAGGAGCAGGAAGACGCAGCAGGUUUUGAAUGCUGUCAAGGAGUCGAUUGAGAAAGGGUUUGUGCCCGUUGAGAUUGCCUGA